AGGCGGCGGCCGAGGGGACCCGGCCGGGAGGCGCGGAGAGCGCGAGGCCUGCGCGGCCCGCCCAAGCCGCCCGCCCCCCUCCGGCUUCUGGAGAGGCCGCCGCCUGGGACGCUGGGCUUGGGCUACUGCUAGGCCGCGCCUGGCUUUGCUCCAGGGGUCCCGGUGAGGACGAGCGGCGGCCAUGGCGGCGGCGGAGACCAAGAUCAUCUACCACCUGGACGACCAGGAGACGCCGUACCUGGUGAAGCUGCCCAUCCCGGCCGAGCGGGUGACGCUGGGCGACUUCAAGGCGCUGCUCAACCGGCCCAACUACAAGUUCUACUUCAAGUCUAUGGACGAUGAUUUCGGCGUUGUGAAGGAAGAAAUCUCAGACGACAAUGCAAAGCUUCCCUGUUUCAACGGCCGCGUGGUGUCUUGGCUGGUGUCUGCUGAGGGGUCUCAUUCGGACGCCGGGUCUGUCUGCGCCGACAAUCAGCCGGAGCUGCCGCCUUCCAUUGAGCGUACUGGAGGGAUAGGAGACUCCAGGCCUCCUUCUUUUCACCCCAAUACUGGAGGAAGUCGAGAGAACCUGGAUAAUGAGACGGAGACUGACUCAGUGGUAUCGAUACAGAGGGAAAGGCCGCGCAGGAAAGAUGGACCUGAACAUGCCCCCAGGGUGAACGGGACAGCCAAGGCGGAACGGCGGCGGGAACUAGGGGGCUAUGAAAGCUCCUCCACCCUCAUGAGCAGUGAACUCGAAACCACCAGCUUCUUCGACUCAGAUGAAGAUGAUUCUACAAGCAGGUUCAGCAGCUCAACAGAGCAGAGUAGCGCCUCCCGGCUGAUGAGAAGGCACAAGCGACGCAGGCGGAAGCAGAAAGUACCACGCAUUGAACGGUCCUCAUCCUUCAGCAGCAUCACAGAUUCUACCAUGUCGUUGAACAUUAUCACAGUUACCCUCAACAUGGAGAAGUACAACUUCCUGGGCAUCUCCAUCGUCGGGCAGAGCAACGAGCGUGGCGACGGCGGCAUCUACAUUGGCUCCAUCAUGAAGGGAGGGGCUGUGGCAGCCGAUGGAAGAAUUGAGCCCGGAGACAUGCUGCUGCAGGUGAAUGAUAUCAAUUUUGAAAACAUGAGCAACGACGACGCUGUGCGAGUGCUGAGGGAGAUUGUGCACAAGCCAGGGCCCAUCACUCUGACUGUUGCCAAGUGCUGGGAUCCCAGCCCCAGGGGCUGCUUCUCGCUACCCAGGAUUGCUCCCCAGCGGAUCUGGGCUGGGCCAGACUCUCCAUGCUCCGAUCCGGGUGAGCCCAUCAGGCCCAUUGACCCAGCAGCCUGGGUUUCCCACACCGCAGCGAUGACCGGCACCUACCCAGCGUACGGUAUGAGCCCAUCCAUGAGCACAAUCACUUCCACCAGCUCCUCCAUCACCAGCUCCAUCCCAGAAACCGAACGUCUCGAUGACUUUCACCUGUCCAUCCACAGCGACAUGGCCACGAUUGUCAAAGCCAUGGCUUCGCCAGAGUCGGGCUUGGAGGUGCGCGACCGCAUGUGGCUGAAGAUCACCAUCCCCAAUGCCUUCAUUGGAUCCGAUGUGGUAGAUUGGCUCUACCACCAUGUAGAAGGCUUCACAGACAGGCGAGAAUCCCGCAAGUAUGCCAGCAACCUCCUGAAGGCCGGUUACAUCCGACACACUGUCAACAAGAUCACGUUCUCGGAGCAGUGCUACUACAUCUUUGGCGACCUCUGCGGCAACAUGGCCAGCCUGUCCUUGCAUGACCACGAUGGGUCCAGUGGCGCCUCCGAUCAGGACACCUUGGCUCCUUUGCCUCAUCCAGGAGCUGCCCCAUGGCCCAUGGCCUUCCCCUACCAGUACCCGCCACCCCAUCCAUACAACCCCCACCCUGGAUUUCCUGACCCAGGCUACAGCUAUGGAGGCGGAAGCGCGGGCAGCCAGCACAGCGAAGGAAGCCGGAGCAGCGGCUCCAACCGCAGCGGCAGCGAGAGGAGGAAGGAGCGAGAGCCCAAGGCCGGGGAGUCCAAGUCGGGCGGCAGCGGCAGCGAGUCGGACCACACCAGCCGCAGCAGCAUGCGGAGGGAGCGGGCGGCCAGCGAGCGCUCGGUGCCGGCCAGCCAGCGCAGCCACCACUCGAUGGCUCAUAGCAUCCGCAGCCACCACAGCCAGCAGUCCUACGGGCCUCCCGGCCUGCCGCCCCUCUACAGCCCUCCCAUGCUGCUGAUGCCUCCGCCGCCUUCCGCCCUGGGACCCCCGGGGGCUCCCCCUGGCCGAGACCUGGCCUCUGUGCCCCCUGAACUGACGGCCAGUAGACAGUCAUUCCGAAUGGCCAUGGGCAACCCCAGUGAGUUCUUUGUGGAUGUAAUGUGAAACGCCGCCCCUCCCUCCGCCUGCCUGCCGCCCCCGUCGGUUUUGUCUCCUAGGAACAGCCCGGCCUGCGGGGGAUUCCUUUUCUUUUCUUUUUUUGGUCUUGGCAAUUAUGAAAAGGGAAAAAAACCCCCACAAAAUAAACUGAACUAAAUGUUUUUGAUUCUAAUCCCUGCCUGCAAGGGGGCCCGGCAGCCUCGCCUGAACCACCCCUGGACUUGAUUGCAGAGGCGCGUCCCCCCCCCCUGCUUGUGCCAACCCCUCCCCCCAUAACCCCUUCUCUAACCCAUUAAUCCGCAUCUGCCUGGGGACUCUGCUGCUCGCCUGUGUUUUCCCUGCCGGCUCACUUCUCCUGCCCUAAACACAUGCCCUCUUUCUUCUCGCCCCUUUUUGUGUCCCUCUCUGUCGAGCAGCCAAGAAUUACGGGGUGUUUGACUUCCUCUGAGCUGGCCGCCCGUGCUGGGGAGAGCCGCAGCGUGCUGUGGUGGUUGGGCUCCCCCGCAACCGAGGAAGAUGCAGAGCCCUGCAGGCAGGCACUUGGCCAUGUGGGGGCUGAAGAUGGCUUCUUUCCAUCCUGGUGGAAGGUGCCCCACCUUAUCCAUAACCCCGGGAAGGGAGCAGGGCUCAGAUCCAGCUGUGCCUUCAGUCUUCCAUCUGAUAAGAUGUAGCAGCUUGGUGGCCAUUGGCAUGAGGUUGAGAGGAGAGCUCCCACCUUGCCAGGCAGGUGAGAGUUCCCCUUGAGAGCUUCUCAGAUGGUGAUAAGAGCCGGAAGCCGCCAAAGAGGCUCACACCCUUCCUUGAUUCUUUGCCUCCCAUGUCUUGAUUAGCACCAAUAGCAAGAGUGCCAACCCUCAGUAUCCAUAGUUCACGUUCCUGAAGGUACUACAGGUACAAGUGCCCCCCUUUCUAAUAUGCUUUCUUUCUCUACCCAAGCACUCAUGGUGAGCCAUCUUCUUGCUGUAUCUCUUCGACGUCUGGUGGCCUCUUUAGUAGAGCCUUUUUUACUGCCACCUUUUCACACCCAGGUCUCUCUUGUGCCCAUCAGUCCGUUGUCUCUUAAGCCGAGCUGUUUUUAGAUGCUCUCUCUCCUCAGCCUCCUCCACUGUUUCGUUUAAAUGCCUUGCAUCCACACUACAUAACCCUGGCAGCAGUAUCCCUUGGUAUUUCCUCUGCCCACCUCCCCCUCUUCUUUGUCUCCUACCUCUCUUCCAUCCUUCCUUUUCUUUUUAACAAUCCCAAAACUGAAAAAGUGAUGGGGGGGGGGGGAGAGGAAGAGAUGGGGGGUGGGGAGGUAGACAAAUAUCAAAAAGAUAAUUUCAUUAGCACAAAUAGUAUGAAAUAAGUUCUGUGGGAUACAGGUUUUUAAGCAGAGGUUGGAAGGCCACCUGUCAUGUAUGAUCUAGUUGCGAUUCCUGCAUUGCAGGGGGUUGGACUGGAUGAGCUUCCAACUCUACAAUUCUGUGAGGAUUUUAACAAAGCAACUUUUGGGGUCGUCAUGGUUGUGAACAUGGAUGGAUCUCCAAAAUCAGAAGAGUUGCUGCACUAGGCUUAUGUCCCAGGGGCCAGAUGAGUUGCCCCAAGUGGACCCCUGCACCAUGAUUGCCAGCAGCAAAAUAAAGAAUAAACUUAGGCGGUGCUCCUGUUCACUGUUCCUGUCACUCAGCAUUGUCCUCCGCCAUGACGCUGAAGUCUGUUUCCCUCCUCCCCCAAACAUUCAUUCAUCUUUCCUUGGCCAUUGAGAAUACACUGAGAUUUUUAUUGGGUUCUUUUUAGGGUCUCCCUCCCAAAAAAGUAUUUUAUGUACUCCAGCAAAUAUCAGAUUGCUGAGCCUCCUCCCUCUUGGAUGCAGAAGUCCAAUAAAUAUUUUAACUGUAUUUUUAACCAUAACUAUUCUCAACCAUAGCUGCUUCUAGAGGUGUGCUUAAUUUACCCAAGUGCCAAAUUGUUUUGCUGCAGCUCCAUCACCCAGGCUAAGGAUCAGUGGGGAGUGGCUGUCUGUCCUUAGCUUUUUCCUCUCCUACUUUUUAAAGACUGCUGUGGUGAUCUGUAAUCAUGGACUCUUCCCUUUGAUAGCUGGGGGACAAAUAGAAAGUUUACCAAUGAACUAUGACCACGUUUAUUCUGAAUGUGCCCAAGGUUAGCUGAAACCUCACCCUUAACUUAGACCAGCACAUUUUAUGCCAACUGUUAUGCCACUACCCAUCCCAAACUGAUGCUGAGCCACGCUUGGAAACGAGGCCUAACUUUUCACUGUUGUGCAUGGAAGAGGGGGCUUUCAAAAUGUACUCUCCAAGCUGAGUGCUUGCUUCUGCUGUCCCCACCCUCUAAAUGAGCACCAGCACACCAGUGAAAAGCAAGUGAGCAGGGCAUGUGUAGAAAAUAAGGACUCACUCUUGUCUCCCUUGCUGUCCUUUCCUUAGCAGCUGUUGGGCCUUUCUGGUUUCUUCCCUUUUCUUCUCGGACACAAGUGCAGCAAGGUUUGGGCUUGAAGGCAGGGGGAAAGAGUCCCACAACCAAGCCCAGACUGCUCUGUGGGCACACUGUGCAUUUCUUGUGUGUCUGGGAUAUAAGCAGGGCCUCUGGCUUACCUGCAUUGCUUGCUGCUGUGCUGCAACAUAGACACUCCAGAAUCGCACAUGGCAGAAUGUCAGUUUCCAAAACAUUCCUAGCCCUCACACUUGCAGAGGGAGCACAGUGGCCAUGUUUGCUAAAUCAUAGAAAAUACAAAUGGUUGAAGAAGGGAUUUAGGAAGUCCAGAGACAUCUUCACCCAGUAUAGCACUGUGUCCUUCCUUGUGGAUUCUGUUUAAACCCCCUGCCUUUUCUAUACUUGUCCUCUCCACUCCCUGCAUUUCUCAGUGAAUCCUAGCCCAUCCUUCUUAGCCACCCAUGCUCAGAAUUUCUUACAUCUGCAGGUAGGGAAGGCUUGCAAUAGAGGAGUUAUACUAAACUGCAAAGCACACAGACAGAUACAGUCAUGCGUGACUUUACACAAUUUUCACGCAGUUUCCCGUACAGAAGUUCUUGUAGGAAACUCAUCACACGUGAAGCAACACUUAACUCUGCUUGCUAUGGCAGGAAAUUGUUCAGUGGAAAAUUCCAGAGCCCUUGAGCAUCCCACGCUGAUGCAAAAAUCUGUACGAUUUAUCACAGCCCACCUUUAGCUAAACUGCUUUUGUGCUCUUGCCAAGGACCUGGUUGGGAGAAGCACCCUCUAUUAGACGGUACAUUCUAGUCCUCUUGCGGCCCAUAACCACCUUUGGCCUUCCUGCCAUGCAACAGUUGUCUUCUGCACCAAAUAUCAGCCGUUUUUGGAAUGUCUUGUGGGGUUUGUUGUUUUUAAGAUUGAAGUGUUCCUUCACUCCUGCUUUCCUCUCCAGUCCAGCAUCGGUUCCCCCUUUUUUGCUAGUUCCCUACGCCCCCCAUCGUGAUGCCAGUUCUUCUACACCUUUGCCACUGCUCUGCUCAUUUGGUCUAUUGAACCAUUUGCCCCCUUUCUGCCUACCAUUAGUCUCUCUUUCAGGGCAUUGCCCGUGAUCUCAAGUGUCAAGUUGCCAGUCCUCCCUCGCUCCUCCUCCUGGUGCUAUAUUGCCAUUCUGUCUUCCCUCUUCCUCCUCCUCCUUCUCUAGUCCCUUCCUCACCUGGUACUACGUCGCCAUCUUGCUCUCUUUUCAACUCCUUUCCCCCCACUUUGGUGCUAUUUUCUCUUGUCACACAUAUUGCCCCUUCCCUCACACACCCCUCGGUUUUAUAUAAAUUGAAACCACCCUACUUGUUUUUAUUUAUAAAAUAGUUUUAUUGGACUCCA